GUUCAGUUCGUCCCCCAGACUGCUGCGGCGCAUUCCUGUAUCUCUAGGGCGGCUCGUCCUGGGGUCGGCCCCGCCCUGGCGGCUCCCUGCCACCCUCUCGCGGGCGCGCUCUGGGUGGGGCCUCGCGGCGGGUGGAGAUGCGGCCGAGCGUGCUGGGCGGGUGAAGCGAGCCGGCUGGGCGGCGCGCCGGGGCAGCCAGAGCCGCGCGCCGCGUCGCUGUAAUCGGACACCCGAGCGCUCGCCCCAUGCGCCGGCCACUUUCCAUUCACUCCGUAGUGCUUGAUUGAGCGACGCAGAGCAGGGCUCCGGGUGCCGCGCCACUGCAACGCUGAGGAUUCCUUUACAAAGAAACUCAGAGGACCGGGAAGAAAGAAUUUCACCGCUGGGACGCCCUAGAAAUUACGGUCUUUGGGGAAAAGGACUACAAACAGGCGGAUCCAAACCUGUAGCAAAUUGACGACUUUUCCGUGCUGAUCUCGUCCCACCUCGGUAUUUUCCCUUGGAUAUUAACUUGCAAAUCUGAAGAAAUGGCAUUCCAGGCAAUUUGGGUCUUGGUUGGAGUAUUUGUUUGUUCUACCUGUGUAAAAGGAUCAUCUCAGCCCCAAGCAAGAGUUUACUUAACAUUUGAUGAGCUUCGAGAAACCAAGACCUCUGAAUACUUCAGCCUAUCUCACCACCCUUUAGACUACAGGAUAUUAUUAAUGGAUGAAGAUCAGGACCGGAUAUAUGUGGGCAGCAAAGAUCACAUUCUUUCCUUGAAUAUUAACAACAUAAGUCAAGAACCUUUGAGUGUUUUCUGGCCAGCAUCUACAAUCAAAGUUGAAGAGUGCAAAAUGGCUGGCAAAGAUCCCACACAUGGCUGCGGGAACUUCGUCCGUGUAAUUCAGGCUUUCAACCGCACGCAUUUGUACGUUUGUGGGAGUGGUGCUUUCAGCCCGGUCUGUACUUAUUUGAACAGAGGGAGGAGAUCAGAGGACCAAGUUUUCAUGAUUGACUCCAAGUGUGAAUCUGGAAAAGGACGCUGCUCUUUCAACCCCAAUGUGAACACAGUGUCUGUUAUGAUCAAUGAGGAGCUUUUCUCUGGAAUGUAUAUAGAUUUCAUGGGGACAGAUGCAGCUAUUUUUCGAAGUUUAACCAAGAGGAAUGCAGUCAGAACUGAUCAACACAAUUCCAAAUGGCUAAGUGAACCUAUGUUUGUGGAUGCACAUGUUAUCCCAGAUGGCACUGAUCCAAAUGAUGCUAAGGUGUACUUCUUCUUCAAAGAGAAACUGACCGACAAUAGCAGAAGCACAAAACAGAUUCAUUCCAUGAUUGCUAGAAUAUGUCCUAAUGACACUGGUGGACUGCGUAGCCUUGUCAACAAGUGGACUACCUUCUUAAAAGCGAGGCUGGUAUGCUCGGUAACUGAUGAAGAUGGUCCGGAAACACACUUUGAUGAACUAGAGGAUGUGUUUCUGCUGGAAACUGAUAACCCAAGGACAACACUAGUGUAUGGCAUUUUUACAACAUCAAGCUCAGUUUUUAAAGGAUCAGCAGUGUGUGUGUAUCAUUUAUCUGAUAUACAGACUGUGUUUAAUGGGCCUUUUGCCCACAAAGAAGGGCCCAAUCAUCAGCUGAUUUCCUACCAGGGUAGAAUUCCUUAUCCUCGCCCUGGAACUUGCCCAGGAGGAGCAUUUACACCCAAUAUGCGAACCACCAAGGAGUUCCCGGAUGAUGUUGUCACUUUUAUUCGGAACCACCCUCUCAUGUACAAUUCCAUCUACCCAAUCCACAGAAGGCCUUUGAUUGUUCGUACAGGCACUGACUACAAGUACACAAAAAUAGCUGUGGAUCGAGUGAAUGCUGCCGAUGGUAGAUACCAUGUUCUGUUUCUCGGAACAGAUCGAGGUACUGUGCAGAAGGUGGUUGUUCUUCCUUCUAACAGCUCUGCCAGUGGUGAGCUCAUUCUGGAGGAGUUGAAAGUCUUUAAGAAUCACGCUCCUAUAACAACAAUGAAAAUUUCAUCCAAAAAGCAACAGUUGUAUGUGAGCUCCAAUGAAGGACUUUCCCAAGUGUCUCUGCAUCGCUGCCACAUCUACGGUACAGCCUGUGCUGACUGCUGCCUGGCAAGAGACCCUUACUGCGCCUGGGAUGGCCAUGCUUGCUCUAGGUUCUACCCAACCGGGAAACGGAGGAGCCGAAGACAAGAUGUGAGACAUGGAAAUCCAUUGACUCAAUGCAGAGGAUUUAAUCUAAAAGCAUAUAGAAAUGCAGCUGAAAUUGUUCAGUAUGGAGUAAAAAAUAACACCACUUUCCUUGAGUGUGCCCCCAAGUCUCCACAGGCAUCUAUCAAGUGGUUGUUACAGAAAGACGAGGACAGGAGGAAAGAGGUCAAGCUGAAUGAGCGAAUCAUAGCCACUUCACAAGGACUCCUGAUCCGCUCUGUUCAGGAUUCUGACCAAGGACUGUAUCACUGCAUCGCAACAGAAAACAGCUUCAAGCAGACCAUAGCCAAGAUCAACUUUAAAGUUUUAGAUUCCGAAAUGGUGGCUAUUGUUACAGACAAAUGGUCUCCAUGGACCUGGGCCAGCUCUGUGAGGGCUUUACCCUUCCACCCGAAGGACAUCAUGGGGGCGUUCAGCCACUCAGAAAUGCAGAUGAUUAAUCAGUACUGCAAAGAUACUCGGCAGCAACAUCAACAGGGAGAAGAAUCCCAGAAGAUGAGAGGGGACUAUGGCAAGUUAAAGGCUCUCAUCAAUAGCCGGAAAAGUAGAAAUAGGAGGAAUCAGCUGCCAGAGUCAUAAUGUUUUCUUAAAUGAGGCUUAUGCUUCCAUCAGUAAAUGAUCUGUCUUCAGUGAUCAACUUCUGAGCAAAGAAUCUUGUGCUUUACCCAUGGGAAAUUCCUGAGAAAGGUGGUUACUCACUCCUAAAGGUGAACGUUACGUGAACUGAAAUGAGUAUGCAUUUUCUUGUAUGAUAUUGACUAGCACUAGACAUGUCAUGGUCCUCAUGGUGCAUAGAAAUAUUUAACUUAACCUAGAUUUUAUUUAUAUCUUUAUUUACCUUUUCUUCAAAACCAAUAUGGCGACUAUAAAACUAGAAUUCUUACAUCCCUUAAUUGAACUAGGGCCGUAACCUGUGAUCUUCGAUCCUUGCUUUAAGGGUUUAGAGUUCUAACUGUCAAUCAUUUGUAUACAAAACCAAAUGCCAAGUUCACAAUUUUUACAUAGUAAAAGUUAUAUAAAUGCAUGUGACAGAGUAGUUGUCAAAAGAAACGUAGAAUAGAAAAGAGACAAGGAAGAGGGAAUCUAAAAGUUGUAUAAAACACAAGCGAUUUUCAUAAAAAGAUAACAUGGAGUUUAUGUGCUUCCAGUGAAAUAUAGUAUUAGUUACUUUUAAGAUUGCAAAAAUUAUCAGUUGUUGAUAUCUGUCAUUGAUCUCUGUUCCCUUGUUUCAGGAAGAUAAAAGGACCACUAACCAUUAAUAUCUUUAAUAUUGGAAUUAUAUCAGUGAAGCGUUUAAGUUUAUAUUGUUAUGUAAUCAUCUUCCAAACAAAAGCACUUUCUUUUUUGGAAGUUAUUUAAGUUAUUCUAGACUCAGAGAAUAUAAUCUUACACAGUUUAAUUGAUAAAUGUGUUUAUUCUAAUUUUCUAGUUUGUAUGGCAUUUUAAAAAAUAUAAGAAGAAAUUUCUUUUGAAAUAUCAAACUUGUAUAUGAGGGCCGAAACAAUCAAAAUG